AGGGAACAAUGUAGGAUAAUUGUUGAAGACACAAACCAGCAGAAGGCUACAUUGGAGGGGAUGAUUGGUGAAAUGGAAAUACAAAGGCUAGACAUUGAAAGAAACAAAGCCCUUCUCGAGAAAGAGAAGAAUGAUCUCGAAAAAAGAAAGAUGGAUUUGGAGGAAAAAGAGAUGCAAAUGCAGACACAAGAAGUGGAAAGAACUGUCAGAGAAAGAAUGAAGCAGGAGAGAGAAGAAUAUGAUCAGUUGAUGAAAGAAAUUACCCUGCAGAAGCAAAAUGUUGAAAUGCAAAUGUCUAUAAACAACAAUUGGAAAAAUAAUCUAGAAGAAAUGGAGGUGAAGCUGAAUGUGGAGCAAGAAGCCAUCAGUUUGGAAAAGCAAGAGAUACAGAAUGAGAGGAAGAUAUUUGAACAAUCAAGAUUAGCCAUGCAGAGCGAAAUGCAGGACAUGAAGAAUUCUUUGGAAAAAGUCUUGAGGGAAAUAGAAAAUCUUGAUGAAAUCAAGACAAGAUUAGCACAGGAAAAAGAACAAAGUAGCAAUAUUGCUGACAAUACAAACAAACAGAAGGAUUUAUUGGAGAAGAUGGCGGUAGAAAUAGAAAUGCAAAAGCAAGAAACUAAGACAUACAAAGCCCUUCUUGACCAAGAACGAAAUGACCUUGAAAUAAAAAAGUUAGAUUUGGAAGAAAGAGAGAUAAAAUUGCAACUUCAAAUCAGAAAACAACUGGAAAAAGAAGACAGUGACAAACUGGCAACAAAAGACCAGAGAAACGCAUUGGAAAAAGAAAUGAGUAGAAUCAACCAACAAAAAGAAGAGGUUGAAUAUGAAAGCGAAAACUUACUGAAGAAGUGGAAAGAACUUGACAAUCUAAAAGAACAGAUAGAAAAAGAGAAGAAUGAAAUGGAAAAAGUCAAAAUCAAGUUGUUAACAGACAAACUGCUCCUUGACCAAAAGGAGAUGGAAAUGAAUGAACAAAAGCAAUUUCUGGAAAACAGUUCAAAAGAAAUAAAAAGAGAAAGAACAAGUCUGGAAGAGAUGAAAUUGAAUAUUGAAUUACAGACACAAGACAUAGACAACACAGUCAGGAUCAAGAUGAAGCAAGAGAAAGAGGAACUUGAUCAGUUCAUGAAUGAAAUUACUUUGCAAAAACAAAUUCUUGAAGAGCAAAGGUCUAUAAACCACAAUCUAAAAAAUGAACUAGAAGAAAUGAGGGUGAAAAUAAAUGUGGAACAAGAAGCCAUCAGUCUUGAAAAGCAAGAGAUACAGAAUGAAAGGAACAAAUUUGACCAAGAGAAAAACGACCUUGAAAUGAAAAAGCUGGAUUUGGAAGAAAGAGAAAUGGAGAUGCAACUGCAAAUCAAAAGUCAGUUAGAAAAAGAAAACAGUAACAAACUGAAAAUGGAAGAACAGAUAAAUGAAUUGGAAAAACAAAUAAGUAAAAUCAACCAACAAAAAGAAGAGGUCAAAAAUGAGAGAGAAAACUUACAGAAGAGCUGGACAGAACUUCAUACUCUCAAAGAACAGAUAUAUAAAGAGAGGGAUGACAUGGAAAAAAUAAAAAACACUGGGAAACUACUCAUUGACCAAAAGGAAAUAGAAGUGAAGCAAAAAAAGCAAGAUCUUGAUGAGCUAAUAUCUAUAAACAACAAACUAAAAAAUGAUCUUGAAGAAAUGCAGGUGGAACUAAAUGUGAAACAAGAAGCUAUCAGUUUUGAAGAGCAAGAGAUACAGAAGGAGAGGAACAUGUUUGAACAAUUAAAGGCAUCAAUGCAGAGUGAAAUGCAGAAAAUGAAAAAUGACCUGGAAAAGGCCACGAUGGACAUAGAAAAUCUAAAAGAUAUUAAGAGAAGUUUAGCACAGGAAAGAGAAAAAUGUAGCAUGAUUGUUAAAGAAACAAACGAGCAGAAUGAAUUCUUGGAGAAGAUGGCUGCUGAAUUAGAAUCGCGAAAGAAAGACAUUGAGACAAACAAAGCACUUCUUGAGAACGAGAAAAAUUAUCUUGAAAAGAAAAGGCUGGAUUUGGAGGGAAGAGAAAUGGAAUUGCAACUACAAAUCAGAAGUCAUUUGAAAAAGAAGACUGUGACAAACUGGAAAUGGAAGAACAGAGACAUAAAUUGGAAAAAGAAAUGUGGAGAAUCAACCAACAAAAAGUAGAGGUUGAA